GCAAAGAGAGCACACGCAAGCAAGCAUAGUGGGCCAUGGAUAACCGGGCCGGCAAGGUAUGUUGGGCUUCGCUGAUCGAUGGAGUCCUGAUCGAAAUCUUCUCAAAGCUGGACUUUGAUUCGCUGAUAUCAGUAGCAAGCGUAUGCCAUUCAUGGCGCUGCGUGGCCCAUUAUACAGAGAGCUGGGAUCGUGUCCACUUCUGUCAUCAUGAAAGAUUCGUAGACAACUACAUCAAAGAAACCGUAGCAGUGGAUAAUCAAGAGAGGCUGUUCAGGGAAUCUAAAUACAUGAUGAGGCAUGUUGGAGCUGGAGCCAAGUCGAUUUGUGUCCGCCCGAUUGCUGACGACACAAUGGUCCAGAUGAUCGCUGACAGAUGCCCGUCAAUUGAGUCAAUCUCCCUUCGAGAUUGUGAUGGAAUCUCACCAGCCACUCUUCUCAAUCUAAUCCGCACUUGCAAGCACCUGAAACUCAUCGACGUUAAGUCCUGCUCUGCUAUCUCCGCAUCAGUGAUCGAAGAAAUGGGUCAAUCUUGUCCAAGCCUCAUGGGUCUCAAUUUGGGCGGUCUACAAGUGACAGAAGAAAUGGCAACAGCAAUAGGGAAAUUCAUGCCAAAACUCAAGUGGCUCAACCUCAGCAAGACCAGUAUAUCUUGUGAAGGCCUUUCUAGCAUUCUAGACUCGUGCACUCAGCUAGAUCAUGUUAGCGUCAAAUGCUGCCGUCGAAUAAUCAUGAAGGAUGAGCUCAAGAACAAGGCCAGUAGAAUUGCAGAGUUCAACUACUCCCCUGGAGUUUCACACAUCAAAUUGGACCGGGCAUGCCUGCUAAGAACCCGUCAUAGUGUAUGUCGUAGAAGCAUUCCACGGCCAUGAGCUUUUGUAUCUUUAAACAUGUAUUGCAUGUAAUUCAGAGUUCAACUAGUUUAAAGAGCUGGGUCCGGCUCCAUGGCUCAGUGGAAGACAUUUGCUGUUUCCACACUGAAAUCAUGGGAUCGAAUGCUCAUGUGAGGCCUGUGGGGUGUGGUUGUGUGUGAAAAAAAAGAAUAAUAAUAAUAAUUCAAAAAGCUAUUUAAGGUUGGAACAUGAGAUUUUGG